AUCUAUGGAAUGGAUUCCACGAGAGUGGAGUACUUGAAAAAGCAUUUUACAAUAACACUUUUUAUCAAAGAAACAGGUCAUCGCUUGAAUUUGCCUGAUGUGACAAUUGCUUCAGCUUGCAUUCUAUAUCACAGAUUCAUCCUGGCAGUUGAUCCAAAUGAUUUUGAUUUAAAUGUGGUAGGAUGUACGGUUCUUUAUCUUGCUGGAAAAGCAGAGGAAAGUCCUUGCAAGUUGAGGGAUCUUAUAAAUAUUUCUCAUAGUAUCCUUAACAAGCACAAACCUCCAAUUGAAGUUGCCAAGAAAUAUUGGGAGCUGCGAGACAGCAUUGUUAAAUGUGAACUUCUGUGUUUACGAGUUCUGAAAUUUCAAGUGACUGUGGAUAAUCCACAUAAAUACAUGUUGCACUAUUUAAAAAGCCUUGAGGACUGGUGUAAUGAGGAAACAUGGAAUGUCUCCCAAUUACCACAAACGAGCUGGGCCAUUCUCAAUGACACGUUUCAUACAACACUUUGCUUGGAUGAAACUGCAUCAAGAAUUGGGGUUGCUGUUCUCUACUUCACCGUAUCAUGCACUGGAAUAAAGAUACCAUGCGAAACUGCACAAAAACAGUGGUGGAAGAUAUUCUGUCCGGAUUUAACAGAAGAAGACUUGCAAAAAAUUGUCAGCAGAAUCAUGGACUUUUAUGACUUUGAAACUAACAAAAUGCUACAUGUACCGUAAAAGGAUAGACCUUACAUGUUUUACCAAAUGGCCUGGUUUUUCUGUAACAUUAAAACAAGACCAUUGGUGAAAAGUGAAUAUUUGAUGGCGUCCAUUCACAAUCGAAAUUUUAGUCUGUACUGUAAAAUAUGCAAACAAA